CCCAAAGAAAGCUCUGGACCGGUCCCAGAACCUGUCGCUGCAUCCUGGAGGCCACCCAUGGCCUUUGGCACUCCUCUCUGUUAACUAACUGGCACUUGGUUCGCCCUCUCUGGGAUGUCUUCCACUUACCCUGACUCGCUUGCCAACAGCCCCCUGAUGAUCCACUCAAGCCUGGCACUUCUUGGCACCUGGUGGAGCACAGUGACAGGCCUGGCCCAGUUGGUCUGACAGGUCCUGAGAGAUAUGGCCCGCCCCUGGGCAAGGUGCCACCUGCUAGAGCAUAAAAGCCUGGUAUCCCCCAAGCAGUUCUUGAGACUGUCGCCAUGAAGGGGAGCGGUGCUCUGCUGGUGGUGGCUCUAACUCUGCUCUGCAUCUGCGGGCUGACCACCGCAGAGGAUGACAAUGAGUUCUUCAUGGAAUUCCUGCAAACGCUGCUGGUGGGAACCACCGAAGAGCUCUAUGAAGGGCCCCUGGGCAAGUACAAUGUCAAUGAUAUGGCCAAGGAAGCCCUGGGAGAGCUCAAGUCCUGCAUCGACGGCCUGCAGCCUGUGCAUAAGGAACAACUGGUCAAGCUGCUGGUGCAAGUGCUAGAUGACAAAGAGGACACAUAAGCAAGCCUGAGACACGGUUUGGCUUCUAUGAAUGACAGGACCAGCCCCACAAGCAGCCGUGGACGAGCCAAGACCACUGCUUCCUUAUGAAUCAAUUCACCCUCGAACUGUUAAAUCAAUAAAGCCUCCUGCAGCUCG